UUGCCUACGCGAGCGGGGUUUCGGGCACAGCCGUCUUGAAUUUCAAACGGAUCUACUAGUACUGUCAGUUCAAACAACAUUGAACCUUCUUUUCAGAACCUUACAAGCAUACGUCCUUUGCGUUAGACGACCGUCGACAACAUACAGACAUGAUUGAUGCCACGACAGCCAACUCAAAUGCAAAAUUUUCCCUCGGUCUCGGAUAUUAUUGGUGCCCUGCAAAACAUCCUCGCUCAUUCACAAGUAAUCAUACCGGACCUCGAAACUCAGUAUCCUAUUAGCAAUACGAACUACUCUGCCUUCAAGCUCGAUUAUCAGAACAUCAGUGCCAUCAUCACCGAACGCCAGCAGCAAUUGGAUGCAGCAUCCCACGAAAUCUCGCGUUUUGAAACAGUCAUAGAUGGUAUCAACCAUAUUCACCAGCAACUGAUCGCGAAGAAGGACAAAAUCACUCAGUCCAUGAAUUUGCACAAGCGACUUGUAUCAGCUCUCUGGCGCUUGCCAGCCGAAGUCCUAUCCCAGAUUUUUGUUCACUGUCUUCCGAUUGGGUACCACUUGUUGCCUGUAUCAAGGGCAGCUCCUAUGCUUUUGACAAGAAUAUGUCGACGAUGGAGGGAGGUUGCUGUGGAUAUGCCUAAUUUGUGGCACAGACUGUCCGUGGGCAAAGACUGGCAGCGGGCAGCCUUCUGCUAUGAGGCAUGGCUCAAGCGAUCACGAGGGCAUCCGCUCUCGCUGGAACUCCAGUAUCACAAAAAUGACUGGACCGAGCUACGAAGUCUUCUUCAGCCCUACAUAAAUCAAGUCUCGUCUCUGUCUCUUGAUUUUUAUCACGACGGCUUCCAACCUGAGUUUACGAUAUCAGACUUCCUCACACUUAAGGAGUUGACUAUAUCAUUGUAUUUUUCUAAUUCUGAGGCUCGCAUCGUCCAAUCUAUCUCGCAACCGCCAUGCACUCUACGCAGUCUCACGGUAACAGGACUGUUCUUCAACAUGGAAUACGCAUCUACCUUCAAUCCCACCUCAGGCUGGGCCCGCCUCACAAAUAUCCAGAUCGACCUAGACGAACCAAGUUCAUUCCUCCAAUUGCUCCGUCUAUGCCCCAGCCUCUCCUCCUUGACGACAACUAUAGUUUUUGGCGCCAUAGAGACCUUGGAGCCAUUCACGCACACCCAACUCCAAUCCUUACAGAUCGUUUUCGACGAUUUGAACGACGACGACGACGACACAGGGCAUUUUAACCCAUUCAAUACCCUGUCACUUCCCAAUUUGCGCGCUCUCGAAACUCGCGGCAUAUACCCAUGGCCUCAUGAGGAAUUCAAUGCAUUUUUGACACGGUCAAAGUGUCCCCUGGAGAGCCUGACGUUCGGCUUCGAAAUGUCGAUAACAGAUGAGCAGCGAGCGGAAUACGUUGCUCUUAUUCCUUCUCUCAAAGAAGUACUAGUAGUGACAUGAGUCAUUCCUUGUAUUAGAGGUUGCUUGUCG